CGAAUUUGCGCUUUCCGUCUUACUCUUUCGCUCUCUCUCUCUCUCUCUCUCGACACAGUCUCAUGGUUUUCAUUGCUCUCUGAUUUUUCCUUUUCUCUCCUUUUGACUGCGAUGAUAUCUCUUCUCACACUUCGAACCUAAACCAAAUCAAGCAUUGUUCCUCUUGUUGCAUCUAUUCUGAUUUAGGGUUUCAGCAUUCCCAAUCCCCACCAUCAACCUCUCUCCGAUCUCCAUUCAGAUCUUCUCACGCAUUCAACGCUUGCAACUGUGAAUGGCAUUUGAGGAGGUUUUGAAGGCUGUCUUCCCGUUACUGGAUGGCGCUGACCUUGCUUCUUGUAUGGCUGUUUCUAAGCAGUGGAGAGACAUAGCUAGCGAUGAUUAUUUAUGGAAAUGUCUUUGUUCCAACAGAUGGCCUUCAAUGUGCAAGCGUCCUAACCCACCAUCUGUAACCUACUAUAAGUUAUAUCAAACUUUUUGUAGGCGCCAGCACCGAAGAACUCUCCUCCCACCAAGAAUUUCUUUCGACGAUUUAGAGUUCUUCAUUGACAUUUGGGCUGAAACCACAUUGCUCUUCUCAGAAGUGGUCCCCGGCUCUGUCCUUCAACCCGGGUUUAAGAUUCCACCAUCUGGAGUAUGUGACUUGCUCAAGUUUCACCUGGAGGGUUCUGAGUACAAGAUGACAUUACCUGUUGAGCCUCGAUUUACCAUCCCUGCAGGACAAAAUCAGAAUGUAAGUGUCUCUGUGAUGGUUGGUCGAAAGGAUUCGAAUAAGGUUGCUCGCAUCAUAAACAAGUCCAUGUUCGAUUACAUUGAUCGGUCUUCGUACAGAGCCUUGGCGUUCGACUACCUAGACAUAUCCCCUGUCUACCCUUUUCUAUCCGGCAUCCGGGCAUGGAUCUCGUUGCUGUUCAUGGAAGAUGGGAAUGAAGAGGUUAUUGAUGUAUUUGGGAUCCAAAUGGAUUUCUGUGAUGUGGCAAACUCAAAGGAAGAAGUCCUUUGGCUAUUGGACAUGCUUGAUUGGAAGUGAGCGUUUAUCAGUGUGAUGUCCAAUAUUGCAACAGAAAUUGAACAUCAUUGCUGUAUGCUAAUUUCUUGUCUAUUGUUGAUAUGGGUGCCUUGCAUGGAUUGCCGUGUGUAUAUUCCCUUUGGAAGUAUGUUUUAGUAUGUAUAUCCUUAACACAGUUAAUUGUCGUCAAAUAAAAAACUAUAAGACUAUAUUUGAUUCA